CUUUCCGGACUGCGAAGGAGAUCUGCUCGGCCUUCUUCUCCUCGGUGCCUUGUGAGUGCGUUCCCUGACAGCACACACGCAUAUCAGCCACCCGGCAGCCCAUAUCUGGUCGACCAGAUCUGCAGUGGUGCGGGUCCACUGCUCUCACCUGCAGCAUCUCGACGAAUGCUCCUCUUGACGCUUGCAGCAUUGGCUCUAUUGCCAUGCUUCACCGCGACUCAUCGCAGCACUUCCUACCUGACGUUCAUCCCGCCCUCGUCUGUCGCCCGCCCGGGACCACCGAAGAGGAGGUCAGCAGCAGCAGAGGGCGGGGUGAUGCUCAGCGAUGCUGCAGGGGGGGCGCAGCCGGGUGAUUGUGAGGACUGCGCUGACGUGGCUAUGCGGUAUUUUGAGGCGUGGAAUCGGCGAGAGAUGGACGUGGCCGCAGAUCAAUUCGCUGAGGAUGGGAUCUACGAGGAUCUUGUCUACCCGGACGCAUUUCGGGACAGAGACUCGUUCAAGUGAGCCAACAAGGGAGAGAGAAAGAGAGAGGCGGCUAUCCUCUGUGUGUCUGUGUGUGUGGCUAGCAAGGCGUCACUUGGAGCGCGUCCGUGACCGUGUGCCGCCAUCCGUCCAGUUCGUUGUCGACGGCAUCUCCCGGGGCGACGAGCAAUUCACGGGCGUGGCGUGGCACGUGGAAAUUCAAGGCAGGUACGCUGUCCAGAGCUCCUGCUGAGCAACCGCUCCAUCAAUGAAUUGGCUCCUUCCUUUGAACUCACGGCAUACCAUACCAUUCGCCCGCAGGUCGUUCCCCAACACCCGUGGCGCCAGCUUCUACCGCUGCAAGCGGUGCCAGGACGGCCGGCUGCGGCUCGUGUACGGCAGAGACCUCGUGGAGCCUGCUAGUAAACCCGGCGACACGUCCCUCUUCAUCCUCUCUCUGGUCAGCCGCCUUUUCGGGCGCUUCCCAUCUCUGCUCGACAUGCCGGCGGCAAAGCUGCCCAACUACCUCAAGGACAUCGAGCAGAGGGAGAGGGAGAAGAGCGGAAAGAGCGAGCAGCAGCAGCCGGCAGCAGUGGGGACCGGGGUGCGCCCGGUGAGCUUCGAAUCUUCGACGAGUGGGCCGCUGGGUUGGCUGAAGAGCGGGGGGGCGCUGUGGCUGGGCUAUGGCCUGUACGUCUACUUCCUGCUGGUGGGGACGCAGGCGCCCGGCCUGCCGGCGUGGGCGACGCCCGUAUCUGAGUUCGAGAGCUUGCUGAAGCAGUCGCUGGACUUUUGGUUCAUCACGCCGAUUCUGAAAGGGGUGACGGGGCUGGAGCUGCUGCCGGCGCCGAUGGUGCAUCCCGUGACGCUUGGGGUGUUCAACUUCUUUAACGCCUGGUCGUUCUGCCAUGCAGGUCAGUCAGUGAGCAUGGUGUCCACAUACACACACACGCACACACACACACACACAUGCACCCACCUGGUCUGUGUCUGUGUGUGUGUGUGUCGUUUGUCUGUUUGUUCGUUGGGGCAGCGUUGAUGUUUAGCGACCCCAAGAGCGAGGGCAAGUUUGACCGGUUCGUCGUCUGGGUGGGCACCAUGUUCCUCACAAACUUCUUCUUCCUCCCCUACAUGGCCCUGCGGGCCGGCACGCCCCUCCCCUCACCCCUAAGCAACCUGGCCGAGGCCAUCGAGGAGGGCGACCCCAAGUCGCCCAUGAGUGGUGCCGUCGAGGCUUUGACAAAGCCGUGGGUGGGCUAUGUGGGCUUUGUGGUGGGCGUGAUCGCUCUUGGCUGGUGAGCAAAGGGAGAGGGAGGGAGGUAGGGAGGGAGAGGGAGUGGGGUGGUCCAUGCUUGUCUGUCUGGUUUUGUGGGAGUGUCUUUCAGGGUCUUUUUGGCGUAUCCUGAUGGUGGCUUUGGUCCGCCCGGCGAGAGGUGGGGGUACCUGCUGAACCAGCUGCAGACCAACCGCAUUGAAUUCGCUUUCGGUCAGUCAGUGCAGUCAGUGACACACAGAGAAUGAAAUGAGAGAGUGAGAGGAUGGCGUAAAUGGCGUGUGUGUGGGUGGGUGCAGGUGUUGAUCUGGUGCUCUACAGCAUCUUUCAGAAUGUGCUGAUCGGGGAAGAGAGCAACAGGUGAGUGAGAUGCCAAGACACCCCAGUACAUACACCCCACCCACCAUCCCUCUCUCUCUCUCUCUCUCUCUGUGUGUGUGUGCGCGCGUCAGGUUGCAGCAGCUGGCCCGGCAGCACAGCCGCCCAGACGUAGAGAGGCGAGUGGAGUCCCUCAAAUGGCUCAGGUCAGUCACCACCACCAAGACGCACCAACGCACCAAACACACCACACCAAACCAGAGAGUCUCUGUGUGUCUGUGCCCUCCAUGUCACGACACAUGCAGGUUCAUCCCGAUGUUUGGCGAGGCGGCGUGGGUGGCCCUCCGGCCGCAGGAGCAGGACACCCUGCCGCCCGGACAGGGCGGGCGGUCAAGGCGGCAGACAGGGUCAGUCAGCUAGGGAAUAAGCGAUAGAUGUGUAUGGUAUGGGUGAGUGAGUGACGUCGGUGUGCAUCAUAAUGGUGCCUGUGCUCUGCGUUCGCCAAGAGAGGGAGGAAGGCAGGAGGGCUGGCUGAUUGAUUUGUGUGCUGUGCUUGUGUGUUGGGUAGACUGAUGGAUGGAUGGAUGGCACAUUCGUAUGACGAGAGCUCGUAGUGGUUUAGACGGGUAUCUGUCUAAAGUGGACAACAGUUUGUGUCCCCAUGACACGUGUGUAUGCGUCAGUGCGCCAACUCUCUGCAGGCCAAGUUAUGAGAAGAGAAG